AUGCAGCUUCAUGUCCGUCGUCUCCUGUUAAUGCACGUGGAUGAGAGUGAUUUGUCUAGCUUCCACCACGACUUUCCCCUUCAAGUCAAUGCAAUGCAGGCGCAAAGCGGUUUUGGAAUAGUCUACCGAGUUCACUCCCCGGAUGGACGUCAUUUUGCCCUAAAACGCACUCUGGUUAACAACGAGGUCGAUUUGGCCAACAUGAAACGAGAAAUUACUAUCGUGAGUUCCUUGUCACACAAGAACAUAAUCAACUAUGUGGCGUCCAAAGUGACUGAGAGGGAGUCAGAGAUUUAUGAAGUCCUCCUCCUUACUACCUACUAUCCUGCUACUGUAUCCCAAGUUCUGGCAGAGCGUCAGCAGAAGGGUCUCCGAUUUCUGGAGGUGGAGGUUCUUCGGAUCCUUACCGAUGUCUGCGAAGCCAUCUCCCGACUGCAUCACUGCGAAACUCCUAUCAUUCAUCGAGAUCUCAAGAUUGAAAACCUACUCAUUGACAGUCGAAGGAAUGUUGUCCUCUGCGACUUUGGGAGUGCUACCUCACGGAUUCUACAUCCGGCAAAGCAUGGAACUCUUCGUUGUCAGGAGGAGAUUGAAAAGUAA